UGCCUCCUUCUCUCCGCUGCCGUCCCUGCCUCUCCUUCCCUGGGAUCUUGUUUGCAUCCAUCUGUGCGGUUCAUUCCUUCUCCGCCAGUCCUCCUCUCACUCCUCCAUCCCUCCCCACCUUUAAAGACUUGGUUUGCUCUAAUGCCAGGAAGCACAUGCACACACAGGCACAGUGUGCUGCAUGCAGCCGAGCUGUGUCUCCCACUUAGUCUGACGAGAUUUGUCUCAUUUUAAGCCAAACUGAAAUUUCUAAAGAGGGGAAAAAAAGAAGCAAGUGGAAGUUUUUUUUUUCUUUUUCUCCGUCCCUCUGGACUAGUGGAAGAGGAAGAUUGCUGCUCGUGUCUCUACAGCUGAGCCUCUGGGAAUUAUGAGGGAAUACUGCUGAGGUUGGAGCUGAGCUCAGGUCUCCUUGUUGCUGCUGCUGAUCAUCCUUCGCUGCACCACUUCUGCUCCUCCUAUUUAAUAACUAUUCACUUCAAAGGGAAACGACUGCCCCUCCCAUCUAAUCAAUCCUUCUCUCUUGUUUGAGCUGUCCAGUCCACUGCAGACACCUUUUUCUUUUUUUUUUUUUACUAUUUUGCUCACCAGGUCACCUAACCGCCUCUAAGUUUGCUUCAUCACCGUCCUCCCAUUUGUCCGUCCAUACCCAUUCCGCCUGCACACUCCACCGUCACCACCUCACCUCUUGAGGGUCACUAGCCACAGUCCAUGGGUCCCCGGCCUCUCUCACCUUCUCCAUGCCCUGUCCCAUGUCUGUGUUCCGAAGCUGUAUGCUGUGGUUCUACAAACGCAAGGCUCGAGAUGCGGAUGAGCGAGAGAAGUGGAUCCACGCCUUAGAGGGAACUAUCCUCCGUCACACCCUCCAACUCCGGGAGGCAGAGACGGGAUUUGUUCCGAGCGUUCAAGACUUCGACAAAAAGUUGUCUGAAGCCGACGCCUACCUGCAGAUUCUAAUCGACCAGUUAAAGCUGUUUGAUGAGAAGAUCAAGGACUGCAAAGAGGAUGAAUCGCGCAGAAAAAUAGAAAAUUUGAAAGAGACCACAUGUAGUAUGGUAGAGUCCAUCAAGCACUGUAUUGUUCUGCUGCAGAUUGCCAAGGACCAAAGUAACGAACAACAUCACGCAAUCGGACUUAUCAGCACCAUCAACCCAGUGGAUGGGAUCUACCUGCCCCCCCAGGAGACCCCUGUAGUCAACUCCACGAUGCCAACACAGACCACACUACCCACAGACGCUUCUCAGGUGUGUAAAUCUGACCAACGACCUUCAACAUUACCAGUUGGUCCCGUGGUCACAGUGAUGGGAAGUCUGCAGACCCCAACUCCUAACAGCACAGGGAGCGGACCGUCGGGCCCCAGCAGCGGUGUCGCCUCUCCAACUCUUAUCCCUCUGCCCUCCCACCCUGUGCCAGACUUCUCUUACUCCUCCAGCGAGGAUGAAUUUUAUGAUGCUGAUGAGUACUACCAGAGCAGCACUUCACCCAAACACUGCGCAGACUCCUCAGGACCCCCCGCCGCCUCACCUGCUGCUAAUGACGAGACAACGUUGAAGCGGCCCAACACCACCGAGUCCCUCAACUCAUCCAUGUCCAACGGCACCACAGACGCAGAUCCGUUUGACAGCCAUGACGACCGUGAUGACGACGGUGAGGGGGAGUCUGUGGAAGAGCACAAGAGCGUCAUCAUGCAUCUGCUCUCUCAAGUCCGCUUGGGCAUGGACCUCACCAAAGUGGUCCUGCCUACCUUCAUCCUAGAGAGGAGAUCUUUGUUAGAAAUGUACGCCGACUUCUUUGCACAUCCCGACUUGUUUGUGAGUAUCGCUGACCAGCCGGAGCCCAGAGAGCGCAUGGUGCAGGUGGUGAAGUGGUACCUGUCAGCUUUCCACGCAGGGAGGAAAGGCUCGGUGGCAAAGAAACCCUACAACCCAAUCCUGGGGGAAGUCUUCUUCUGCCACUGGGAUCUCCCCACUGAGACGGAGGAUCCUUCUCCACAUACGGAGGCGGCAUCAGACGGUCCAGUUCCCUGGUCUUCACCCAACAGUGUGAGUUUUGUGGCAGAGCAGGUCUCUCACCACCCACCCAUUUCUGCAUUCUACGCAGAGUGUUUAAGUAAGAAGAUCCAGUUUAACGCGCACAUCUGGACCAAGUCAAAGUUCCUCGGCAUGUCUAUCGGUGUCCACAACAUUGGUCAAGGUUGUGUUUCGUGUUUGGAGCAUGAUGAGCAUUACAUUCUCACCUUUCCUAACGGAUAUGGCAGGUCGAUUCUGACGGUGCCGUGGGUGGAGCUGGGUGGGGAGUGCAACAUCUCCUGCUCCAAGUCGGGCUACAGUGCCAACAUCGUGUUCCACACCAAACCCUUCUACGGAGGGAAGAAGCACAGGAUCACAGCAGAGAUUUUUUCACCAAACGACAAGAAGUCCUUCUGCUCCAUUGAAGGAGAGUGGAAUGGAGUGAUGUUUGCCAAAUGGGCGACUGGAGAAAACACAUUGUUCAUUGACACUAAGAAAAUUGGCAUCAUUAAGAAGAAAGUGAGGAAGCUGGAGGACCAGCUAGAGUACGAGUCUCGAAGAUUAUGGAGAGAUGUGACUGUGAACCUGAAGCUAAAAGACAUCGAAGCAGCAACAGAAGCCAAACACCGGCUGGAGGAGAAGCAAAGAGCCGAAGCCAGAGAGAGGAAAGAGAAGGAGCAGCAGUGGGAGACCAGGCUUUUCCACGAGGACGGGGAGUGCUGGAUCUACGAUGAGCCGCUUUUAAAUAGAUUGGCCUCCCAGAGGCACUGAGAAGACCACAGCACGCUGAUGGACACAAACAUGUGCAAAAAGAAAUGUGCACACGCAAGAGUCUUUAUAAGAACUCUUUUGCAUAAACCACUUCUUAUCCAAGCCUUGGGAUGACUGAUUGAACAUGUACACUGCUUUGCAUUUGACUUAAAAAAAUGAAUGAAAGCAUCAACGAUGUAACCUGAAUAUUAGUAAAUCUUUUCUUCAUAUCUGGGUAAUUUCAUCUCUGCUGGCCCCUGAAACCAGCCACCUCCCAAUAUGAGACUGCAGCGCAGAGUCGAUGGCUCCCGACUCCCUCCGUCAGCUCCACAAUCACCCGUCGACAGAACACAAGACGAUCCAGAGCAGCACUUGUUUUCCUUUGGUAUUUCAGGAGGGGGAGCAAGAAGAUUUGUGGUUGAUGGUGUACAAUUUAAGUCCAUCUUGGUGAAUAAGACGGCGCUCUACAUCUCAGGGAAUCUGGUGACUGAGGAAAGAUGAGGCUGCUGCCCCCUCCCGCAGUCUGACAGCCUUAUAACAGACGAGCAGAUGAAUCGUUGAGGGGUGGGAGAGAAGUUCUCUGCUUAAAGCCGAUGUUUAUACAUAGAUAUACAUAUGGUGGAAAUAUAAAUAUAUAUUCUUUUUUAUUUUGAAUGUUUCUUUUCUGGCAAUAGUGUGAAACUGUUAGAGAUAUGAACUUGAUGGCUUUACAUCUUUAGGAAUCAUUCCAUUUAGCCUUGAUGUUUUAGUUAUUUUGGCCUUUUUUGUGCUCAUUCACAUGAGUUUGUGUCUUAAGCGUCGACCUGAACCAGAAGCAAAGUCCUACAUCAGCCAUGGCAUCUAAACACACUGGAUAUCAGAUGGGAGAUCUAUUUAAUAAGAACAUAUGCAAUUCAGUUUGAAGCUUUGCUGUCGGGUAUGCCAAAAAUGAGGUUUGGAAGAAAAAGCUAAAGGGAGUUUCAGCUGGAGGGUGAAUGGUCUUCUCCGUGUUAACCGAAGGCAUCUAUGAACAAAAUGAUUGUUUACAUGUUUUUUUUUUUUGUUUUUCUGCACACCACUUCCACGAUUAGCGUUAAAACAGUCUUACGUUCUGCAUAUCCUUGUUCUUGUUUUAUUUCUCACCAGAAAGCAACCAGAACACAGCAGUGGUUUCAAAGUCCCCCUAAAGUCAAAACUGUGUUUAAAUUACUCCAAAAUGUCAUUUUGUAAUUAUCUCUAUAUAUCUGUCUAGAUAUAUAGAGAUAUAUAGGUUCAUAUAUUAUUUUUUACAAAGUUACCUACCACAAAAGGCUAUUUUUACCUGCUGGACUCCCCCUUUUUUUUAACCAUCACUUAAUAUUUUUGUUUGGAAGUAACACGUUGAAUCUAACACCAAUGAAAUCUGAGUUACCUGUAGAUAUAUAUUUUUAAAAGGGUUCACUUGAUACAAUGAGCUUAAACCAAUUUAUUAUCUUAUUCUUGUUUUAUUAUUCUUUAUUGCCCUUUAAUUGAUUAAAAUGAGAACUUUUGUGUUAUUUAAUCAGGUUAUGGAUCUAUAUAUGUUUUCAAGUCUUAAUCAAAGUGAGGUUUAGUUGUUCAUCUUUCCUAUAAACACAAAGUGCUUGUGAAAUGGUCCAAAUCAAAUACAUCUGAAGCCAGGGUUUUGUUUUAUUUCCCCUCGAUGUUCUGUCUUUUGUACGAGUACGACCUAUUAAACAGAGGCCUUGCCAUUCAUUUCAGUAUAUCUCAGUAUUGCCUGAUAGAGAGCAAAUCAAAACAAAUGUAUUUUUAUUUCCUUAUCAUAGCCAUUGAUUGUAUCCAAUUCUCCUGUUUAUUGAUGCAUAAAAUUAAAUCUCCUUGAGGUAAUUCCUGGGAUGACUUGUCUUUUGGAUGGGGCACUCCAUAGAUGUCACUACAGGUGAAUACAGCUGCAUGCCUUUAAGAAGAAGAAAAAAAGAGUUGUUAUUUAGAGCUAUAUAAAUCAUGGUGUUUCACAAAAAAUAACAAAAAAAGAUUUAAAAAAUUUAUAAAAUGGGAGAAAAAUAAGAAUUAAGAUUUUAAAAAGUCAAAUAUUUAUGGUAUCUGGUUUUCGUGCAUAAGCAUUCAUCUAUAUGAAAAGACAUUUCUGUGUGCUCUUAUUUCACAUUUAAUUUCAAAAGCUGCCCUCUUGAGCAGCAGGGUUUUGAAACUAUUUCAAUUCAAUAAUUUAUUUCACUCAAAGUUUAAAUAUACAAACUUCAAAUUAGAAUAUAAGCAUUCAAGUGAAAUAGGGGGAGGAAGAAGAAAAAAAUCUUAUAUGGCCUACCCCCUUUAACUAAGACCAAAUAAAUAAAGAGUACAAAAUAGCCUUAUACACAAAAAAUAAACCGCUCUCUGUCUUCCACAAAUAAUAUCACUACUAAAAAAUUAAUCCUCCAUCCUCAACUCACUAACUCAUACGAUUUUAGCAUUUUAUCUUUAUACAUUUUUUUUAUUGAUCAGUAGUUGAUUAAUUGAUUAAAAUAAGAACUUUUGUGUUAUUUAAUCAGGUUAUGGUUCUAUAUAUGUUUUCAAGUCUUAAUCAAAGUGAGGUUUAGUUGUUCAUCUUUCCUAUAAACACAAAGUGCUUGUGAAAUGGUCCAAAUCAAAUACAUCUGAUACAUUUUGUGAAUGUCUGUGGCCAUUUAGGUAUAAAAAAAGGUCAAAACCCACAAAGGAAGUAAAUAUUAAUUUAGGGUCGAAUAAAAUAGAUGCAGGAGAAGGCCCCAUUUUGUUAUGAAGGAUAAUACGUUAUCGGUUUGGCCAGUAGGGGUCGCUAACCCUCUUUUUCUUCCCAUAAGCCUUUGCGCGACAGUCUAUAAAAACCUUCUGCGCACUCUUCUCGAUCUCACUUCGCUCUCCUUUACCAGGUUCAGAUGGACAUACUUACGUUUAAAGAUCAGCUUUUGCUAUGCAGGGUUUCAACAGCUGGAUACUUGAAGGACCAGUAGAAUAAAGAUUCGACUCUGAUCAAAGCUGACCUACUCGCAGGUGGCUUUGGUGUGCUUUUCUUCUGGUUUUUAAACUAAAAUCAAAUGCAGAUCUUCUAGCGGUCAAUGUGGAAGGCACCUGCACCUCGGGAUAGAAAUCGGCUGUGAUGCACGUGUUGGGGGGAGACCAGAAAUCGACCUUGAUGUUGGUUGACGGGUUGAGGCUCACUCUGAACUGAUGCGUGAUGCUUGACAAAGAACACCAUCUUGGGUAAGAAAGUCUUAAGUUGGAAGGCUAAACUUGGGUUCAGUGAUGUUUGACAAAUGUCUGACCUGAACUGCAAUGUGGACAGAUCUGUUGCUGAGCAGCCCAGUAACUUAAAUUUUGAUCAACAAAUUAUGCACUUGUAUUGAUUUUGUUAUAUUUUUUUCUUUUCCUCAGGACUCUAAAAGUGGUAAGUGUCUAAAUGUGGAAAAUAGCUUUAGAUGCUAAACUGCAGACUGUUGUGCCAGUGAUGACAAGAUUCUGCCAAAUGACUAUCAUUGAUUAUAACCCCUUACCGUUCCAUUUUUGUCUGAGGCAGUUUGGUCAGUAAAUCUUUGACUUUAAACUUCUGAUUACCCCACCCUCUUGUAAUAAACUUUUAUUUUUUUUAGGUUUCCAGUGCUGAGGUGGAGUGCAGAUGUCUGUCAAUCAUUUCAAAUUGUCAAAACAGAUUUGAGAUAAAAUUUUGAUUUAAAAAAAAAUUGCAAUAAAGUCUUGAAAUUGUA